UUUUAAGUGUGUUAAAUUAACAUCUCAGAUAAGGGGAGUGGGAGAGUAAAACGGUGUCUACUCUCUAACAACCGAUCAGCUGUUUUUGACUUUUUGUUAUUGUUCGCACUCACGUCAGUUCGUUCAACAGAUCGUCGCUGAGACAUACAGUUUUUUUUAAAUUGUUCUCCGAGAGCACUUCUCAAUGAAAGCGGUGAUACAGCGAGUAUUGAGUGCUAAAGUGACUGUUGAUGGAACUGAAGUUAGUUCAAUAGGGAAAGGUGUGCUGGCAUUUGUUGGAAUAUCUGUAAAUGACACAGAGAAGGAUGCAGAGUACAUAGCAAGAAAAAUUUUAAAUUUACGUAUCUUUGAGGAUGCAAACCAAAAGAGAUGGGCUAAAAGCACGUCCGAUCUCAACCUUGAAAUAUUGUGCGUAAGUCAGUUUACACUGUACCACAAGUUAAAAGGCAAUAAGCCAGAUUUUCACUAUGCUAUGGGCCCCAAAGAGUCAAAAAUUCUAUAUGAAAAAGUGCUAACGCUUCUAAAAACGAUGUAUGAUCCUUUGUUAAUUAAAGAUGGUGUUUUUGGAGCUCAUAUGUGUGUACAAUUAGAAAACGACGGUCCAGUAACUAUUGAAAUCGAAUCAAACACCGUUCGUGAGAACUUAAAGGACAGUAAUGAAGUACCAUAAAAUUGCAACGUUAAAAAAUACUGACUCAAUUUGGUAUCUCGUAUCCAUCAUUCAAUACAUGAUUUCCAAGAG